UAUGCAGACAAACGGAUUUCAUUUGACGGAAACUUUCCUGAAGGGAAAAAGCGAAUCUAUCCGAUUUUGUUUCUCCGCAGCUUACGAAGGAAGACACUACGACAACGAUGUAAUUCGGAUGAGGGUUAUAGCAAGCUCCGUAGCCGUCCUCUACAACAGGACCAUAGCACAUAAACGCGUCCAUAGUGGAACGACUGUUGGUGGAGUCAUCUUAGCCAUUGUUACAGUUAUCGGAAUAUAUGUCAUAGUAAGAAAGAGGAAGAAGUUAUCAUAUGAAUCUGUUAAAGGCGUUACGCGAUCAGCUCCCAAUACAAGAAGUUCAUCGCCAAAACCAGUUCAUCACUUACAAAACAGAUCGAAGUCAACUUGUUUAGCUUUAGACCGUUGGAAAGAAUACGAGAAUGAUAUUUCGGAUAGUUGUACGUCAAGUGACGAAGAUAUUAGGAGGGGAACUGUACCGACUAUCUCAUUAUUCCUAAAGAAGGAUACAAAUUGUAUCGAAUUAAAAGUUAUCUGUAUUAAUGAGAUAACUAGCUCUGAAGAGCCUCUAACGAAGGGAGUUUUCGUUAACAUUUUCCUCUAUGAUGGUAAUAAAGAAAUAAAGCGUCAACAAACAAAAACGAUCGAUAGAUCUAACGUAAUUACAUUUAAUGAGACUCUCUAUUUUCAGCUAAAGAAACGUUCGAAGAAUUAUCGUAUCAGAAUUUCUGCUUAUAGAAUUGAUAGAGAUAGAAUUCGACAUGAAUUGGGUCAUCAAGUUGUUCCCCUUGAAGAAAUAGAGGACGAACGCUACUUUACAACUGAAUUGUUACCCAAUCUUCAAUUAAAGGACGAAAAAAAGACCUCAGAAAUAGAAGUAUCUUUGAUGUUAACUACAAAUUCUAUAAUCAUUCAGCCUAUUCGGGUAAUCGAUGGACUACCAACAACUUCUGAAGCCUAUUUUAAAUUAACACUAUUCGAGCAUGGCCAUAAGAAAGAUCGCCUCUUAACUGAGAAAAAGCAUAUGAAAGAAUUAAUUAAUCUGGAAGAUACUUAUGAAUUUCAAAUAUCUCUUACGAAUUUGGAGGAUUAUAGUAUUCGAUUGGAUUUAAUCGAAAGCCUCACGGAGAAGGAACGUCUAAUUGGAAGAGUCACAAUCGGAUCGUAUCAAUACGCAAGAGGAUCAGGUUUGGAACAUUGGCAGGAUACAUAUACAAACUUUGGUCGGCAUUCAAGAAUGCUGCAUAAACUUAAAAGAUAA